AUGUCGAGGCUCUCUAACAGUUUGAAGGCAUUGAUCAAUGCCCCUGCCGCACGACCGUCUACCGUGCCGGCUCCGGCGAAUAUCUCUGCCGUCUACAGCAAAAUCGCGCAGACUGCUCAGGCCAAGAAUGUCUCCCAGCCUUCAUGGGUCGCGCUGUCGACAGCAGCAACAAUGACCAUGAACUCCCCAGAGUCCCUUGCUGCCUUAUACCAGCUCGCCUCCAGCACGUCCCCCGUCGAAACCGCCGAACUCAUGCGCGAACUUCAACGGCAUCCCCGCACAAUCAACUGUCUGGGCGCUUUCAAAGCCACCCUCCCCGACUCCGUCACUACUCAGCUCUCUACUACCCCCACCCGCGGCCCAACACCCGAGAACAUCACCUCGAUUAGUGAGCGCGGCCGCGCCCUCUGGAACUCGAUCUACCGACCCUUCGAGAACAAGCUAUAUAACAAGCUCGCUGAUUCACACCCGGAUCUACCCGUUGUGAUCCUGAACAGUCACUACGGCUCUCUUCUCUCAGAUCCGGCCCGGAAUACCAGUGCCGCGGCUGGCCGCGUGCUGACCUCCAUCGUUGCUGUGGCUUGUCUGCGUGCGCAGACUGGCGUGGGCCCGCAGGUGACAUCGCAUGUUUUUGGACUGCGCAAGGCUCUUGAGGAUGGAUCGUGGGCUACCGAUGUGGAAGGUGAGGAGGGCGCGCGCUGGUUGGCGAGUGAUGAGGGCAAUGAGUGGAUCUUGAAUAGCGUAGAUGCUAUUGUUGAGGCAAUUAGCCAGGGCUCUGGCUCGACUUAUGCACCGGGUAAGGCGAAGUUGUAA